CCUCCGAAAUCACCACUUCUGGACCAUCGUUUUCCCCACUUAGCUUUUAUCCUUAAUCGUUGUCUCCAAUCUAUUCCCCCCUGACAUCUGCUUCUUAUUGUUCCAAACUUUUACGGGAUCAUUCCAAGUGGGACUCACCAAGCUAACCAAUAAGGGUACAUUGAAUCCAAUAAGACUAUCGCUGCAGGCUGACACUUGCUUAAGGGCUGCGUUCAUUCAAACUUAACCAUGGAGUUCCGACCGCUCCAGGGCGCAGACAAACUGCAGCGAGUCACCCAGUUGAUGGGUACUCUCAGGACAGAUCUCAAUGACAAGUCCCUGAAUUCACAGGAACGGGUCCAAACACUUCUGGAGCUGAGGCAACAUGGAACAAACCCUGACAAUGCCGGGCCCAUCUAUUCGAAAGAGGGAAUGGAAAUGCUGGCGAAAUAUGGCGCGGAUGCAGACACUGCGGAUGUGCGUCGGGCCGCGCUGCGCUGUGUCGCAAACGCUCUUCUGUUAGAUCCAUCGAUGCGCCAGCUUUUCGUGGAUACUGGCUACGGAGGUAAAUUGGCAGAAAGGCUGAAGUGUGACUCCUCGGAGGAUGAGAUGGUUAUCAGCCGAAUCCUGUUUUUGUCUACAUACGACACUACUAUGGACUUCGAGACACUGAUCAAACACCACUCCCUGGGUGACAAUGUCAACUACCAAAUCGUCCGACAUGCCAAACAAUUCCCCAAGUCUGGCAAGAAGUCUCUAUCACAGAUGGAUGAAUUGGCGCUCACCGAUACGCUAAAGCUCAUUUUCAACGUCGCAAAGGUCUAUCCUGAUCUGUCUGCGACAUUUUCUUGUUCCAUUCCCAACAUCUUAAAAAUCAUCAGCCGCAUCGACAUUCCUGCAAAGCCUCUGGAAGGCCUGCUCAGCUAUCUUCUCAACGCCCUGUCUACUCUCGAUCUGGAAAACAAGAAGGGCAAAGUUUUCGAGAGUAGCCCCCUUUUCCCGACUUUCAAUCAGAACUGCAACGUGGACAAAUUGAUCAAUAUCUUGGACCAAGCUGUAUCGGCAUACGGCCCUCUCGAGCUUGAAACCAAGUCUAUACCCCUCUUCCACUCGCUUGUCACCAUCCAUGAGAUGGCACCGGAGGGUCCCCGUAAAUACAUGCAAUGGCUUCUCUUGCCGGAGGACAGCGACAGAAGUCGUCCGAUUGGGCAGUCUGACACGCUUUCAUCCAAGCUCUUGAAUCUCUCGACUACACCCUAUCCCAACCUGAAGGUUGCCAUCUCCGAGCUUAUGUUUGUGCUUUCCGGGAAGAACGCCGAAAACCUGACCAAAAACAUUGGCUAUGGAUUUGCCGCAGGUCUGUUGGCCUCUCGUGGAAUAGAGAUUCCCCAGACCGCAGGCGAGGCAUUUGCAACCAACCCGAAUGGGACCGACUCCGAAAUCAACCCGAUUACUGGCCAGAAGUGGACUGCGGAACCGAAGGACGAGGGCCCCCCUAUGACACGAGAGGAGAAGGAAAGAGAAGCGGAGAGAUUGUUUGUGCUCUUUGAACGUGCUCGAGCGAACGGUGUUCUCUCGGUCGAGAACCCCGUCACAAAAGCAUUCCAUGAAGGAAGAUUUGAAGAGUUGCCCGACUCCGAUAAUGAUAGUGACUGAGCUGAUAGGCUUCAGCAGUCUUAUUUUCCCUGUAUCAUAAUCUAACAUGGCUUUCUAACAUGGGCAGGCAAUGUGCGUCCUCAGGCCUUUGGUCAACUGCCUCAUCUAUGUACAUUUUUCUGCAAUCUAGCUGAGGACGCUCAAGUUGGAAG